AUCACUGGUGCCCACAAAGCUCGCACAAACUCAAAGUUGAGCACGAGAAGGAAAACUUCUUUUCAGUUGUAAAAGUAAGCUGCAUGUUGCCGGUUUUUUCUUGAGACACAAUUUUCACAGAAGGCAGAACUAAAUGGAUUAUAAAAGAUGAGUCACAUGUUUUGCCUGAGGACACUGGAAGACUCUUGACAUUACUCCAACCCAGCUUCAGUGAUUUUACCCCAACAUUCCAAACAUGGCUGCGUAUGCCCUUGUCAGGGAGAACUUAAAGUUUGGGUCCCUCUUCUUCAAAAGUAAAGAUGUGAUGAUCUUUAAUGGUAUGAUUGCUCUGGGCACUGUGGCAAGCCAGACAGCGUACAAUGUUUUCGCCUUUGAUUGUCCAUGUUCCCCUGGGAGGAAUUACUACUAUGGCAUUGCUGCCAUUGGUGCUCCAGCUUUGGCCUUGUUCAUUGUUGGAGUAAUGUUGAACAAGAGAACUUGGGACCUAGUAUCAGAGUGUCGCCUUAGGAGGUUCCGGAAACUGUCAGCCGCAGCAGCAUUUGCAGUAUUGGGAAGUAUUGUUGGUCGUGCCGUGGUGGCACCUCUGACAUGGACUGUUAUAUCCCUGCUGCAGGGUCUGGCUUACACAUGUGCCUUAAGUGAGUUUACUGAUCCCAGCACCGUGAAGGGCUUCCCCCCUGGUUAUAAUUCAGAGGACAUAGCAAAGUUCCCUUGCAAGGAAAGUCUUCCAACAGAGCUGCAAGGAUUUUGGGCAGAAAUUGACCGGCGUCUGAAAUAUGAGUCACAGUUGAUAGGCUGGCUCGUGGUUGCUGGGACCUCUUUGAUGGUGUUUAUGGUUAUGUGCACGAAACAUUGCUCCUCGCCCCUUGGCUACCAGCAGGAAGAAUACUGGUCCAAGUAUCGCUCCAAUGAAAAGACGCUCUUUCAUCGUACAGCCGCUGUCCAUGCCCAACUCAUGGCUGCAAAGUAUGUUAAGAGCUUCUUUGGUUUUGUGGCUUUGGAGCAGGAUGAGAAGGAACAUGUAGUGGAACACCAAGCUGCAGCCAGUCCCAUCUACAGCACAGAGUGGAACAGAGUGUCUGGUGUCUACCUUUACAGAGAGAAGAAUGGACUACCUCUAUACAGCAGACUCAAUAAAUGGGCCACAUACAGCCAGGAGAACAAUGUCGAGGCUUUAGAUAAAGAAAUGGAUGAACUUAGCAGUUUUGUUACUUAGCACUGCAAACAGAUGUUUCAUAUCAGAAUCUUGAUACCCUUGUUGACUUGUUUGUCAGACUUUGUAAAAACGUUUACUAACCCUGCUAUUGGCGACACGGUGGACGACUGCCUUACAGUUCUCAGGACCGGGGUCCAAAUCCCGGCCCUGCCUCUGUGGAGUUUGCAUGUUCUCCCUGUGCCUGCGUGGGUUUUCUCCCGGUACUCCGGUUUCCUCCCACAUCUCCAAAACAUGUGUGGUAGGUUGAGUGAAGAGUCUUCUUCGGAUUUUGUGGCAAUAUGAAUGCUCUGUGUAAUCCUGCUAACUGUAUCCUACUCAAUGUUUUACUUGUCAAAGUAACUGCAGUGAAAAUGAACAAUCAAUAACAAAACUGAUGGUGGCAUUUUCUAAAUGUGGCCUUUUAUAGACCAUAUUAGAACCAGCCUUCUGUUUAAACAAGGAAAGAAGCUCACUCCCAGAGACAUCUCGAAAGCUGGCAUAUAACUUUCACAUGGGGGGGGGGUCAGCCAGAGGCCCAACUAUUUGCAUUCAAACAUUAAAAAGUCUGUCUUAAAUAUUAUACAUUUUCUGAGCCGCUCCUCCUCACGCGGGUGUGCUGGAGCCUAUCCCGGCUAUCGUCGGGCAGGAGGCAGGGUACACCCUGAACCGGUUGCCAGCCAAUCGCAGGUCACAUACAAACAAACAACCAUUCGCACUCACAUUCACCCCUACGGGCCAAAUUUAGAGUCUUCAAUUAAUGCAUGUUUUUGGGAUGUGGGAGGAAACCGGAGUGCCCGGAGAAAACCCACACAGGUGGGGCCGGGGAUUGAACCCCGGUCCUCAGAACUGUGAGGCAGACGCUCUAACCAGUCGUCCACUGCGCCGCGUCUUAUUCAAUGGUAUACCAAGCAGUUUGCGCAGUUGGUGGUUCACAAACACCGAUGAAAAAUACACUGAUGUGGAAUGUGGACCUUAUAAUUUCUUUAGAAUAUAUUGACAUUGAAAUAAUCAUUUGAAUAAUGAAAGCAAACAGAUAAUUAAAAAAACAAAUCUUGCAAUGCAAAAAUGGGGAAAAAAAAUUAAUUGAUCACGGUGGUUAGGUUCCGGAGCAUCCCCGCAACAGGUGAAAUCCGCAAAGUUUGCGACCACAUCUUUUUGUUAAUUAUUAUUUAUACAUAUUUUAAAGCUGUAUGAACUUCCCCAGGCUCUUUAUCUUAAUCUUUCCCAAGCUCCUAUUAAACAUCUUUCAAAUGCUUAUACAUACAGUUAUGCACAGAAGAACUGUACACUUGUACUUUUUAUUCCUUGUAAUGUGUUUUAAUUAUUGAUUGUAUUUAAUUUGUUUGUUUUUGUUUUUGUACAGUUUUAAUGUUUUAGGCAAGGAAGUGUUUUACGUACCACAACAAAUAAAUAAAUAAAAUACUGCACACACUCAAAAUUCCAGGAUAUGGUGAAAUAUUGAUGACGAUGACUUCUGGGUCGUUACUCAUUUGCCGUUAAUGCACACAGCCGAACAAAUUUAUAAUCCUACGCACACACUAUUUGUUACCAAGUUUAUCACGAGCUUCGCUCCUCCGGCCACAGUGACGUUACAACCCCAUGCGCAAAUCAUGUGAACCGCACUGCUCUAAUAACAAUUAUACACAUAUUAAGGUAUGCACAUUUAAUAGACUAACCCUCUCUAUGUCAUUAAUUUCUCACACAUCAGACUGAUUUGCACGAUUUAAGGACACAUGCAUGGAUUGGGGAUCUUCUCUUCUUGACUCCGUGCUUGCGGUCCCGGCAUCUGUGGGCGUGGGACUUUCUUUAUUCCUUCCCAACCCCUGAGGGUGGUGGGCGGAUUACCAGGCUGGUGCAUUGGUGGUGGAUUCGCCAACGUUCCGCGGGUCCUGGGGUCCCUUUGGCCGCCCGUUCCGGCUGCUGGUGGAGGGCCUGCUUCCUCCUCGCCUCCUCCCUUUCUCAUUUGUGUGUGUGUGUGUGAGUUCCAUUUACAAAGUCGGAAAAAAAAGAUGGUGACCUCCGCGAAAGGUAUCUCCUGCUUGCCUUGUCUGCAUACGAACAACUUCUGGACAAAUAUGCAGUCCUUCUGUAACCUCCAAAGACGGUGGAUGAAGAGAAAACACACAGACUCAGAAGGUGGCCUAUUUUUGGGUUUCAGUGUAUUUCAUUGUUUACAUAAAGUAAAGUAAAAGGGCGUGUUUCCAUCAAACAACAGAAUUAGUGUUUGUCUUUGUCUCUGUGUGUUUGUGUUGCUCUCUUUCUUGGGUUAGGUGUAAAAUUUCAUUGUGUCCUCUUCUUUACUGAAAUAUGUUCUGUCUCUUGGCUAUGCUACAGUAUACACAGUGAACUGACGACUGCAACACAUUGGGAGAUCAUGCUGAGUGCUGACCACGGCGAACAAAAGCAGUUCCAUACGGUCUCUAUCUCUGCUUCCCUAUAAUCCAAUACACGGUCCCCUCCAAAAGCAUUGGAACGGCAAGGUCAAUUCCUUUGUUUUUGCUGGAUACUGAAGACAUUUGGGUUUUAAAGAUUAAUAUGAGAAAAAAGUUCAGAAUUCCAGCUUUUUUGCUUCAUGGUAUUUACAUCUUGAUGUGUUAAACAACGAACAGAGCACCUUUAGUUUGAACCCACCCACUUUUCACGUGAGCUCAAGUACUGGAACACGUAAACUGAUGGGUGUUUCUCGUUGCUCAGGUGUUGCCUUUUAGAUUGGUAGCUUAAAUAUUAGAGAGUGAUUGUUUUUGGCUUUGUGAAAACUGCCAAAAGUAUGGAGAAAGAAAGGAUCUGCUUAAGAUCCAAAACACAAGCUCGUCUAUGAAGCAUGGUGGAGGUAACGUCAUGGCUUAGGCUUGCCUGGCUGCUUCUGGAACGGGCUCACUAGUCUUUAUUGAUGAUUUAACUCAUGAUGGUAGCUUCAGAAAAAAAUCUGAAGUCUACCAAACCAUUUUGUCUGGCAAUUUACAGAAAAAUGCAUCCAAACUAAUCUGGAGAAGAUUCAUCGUCCAACAAGUCAAUGACCCAAAACACGCUGCCGGGAAAAACAAAGGGGAAAGUGUCACCAGACCAUAACCCAAUAGAACAUGCAUUUUACCUCCUGAAGAGGAGACUGAAGGGAGAAACCCCCAGAAACAAACGAGAACCGAAAGAGGCUGCAGUCAAGGCCUGGAAAAGCAUUUCAAAUGAAGAAUGCAACAGUCUGGUGGUCUGAGUUGUUUAACACAUCUAGAUGUAAAUACCAUGAAAUAAAAGCACACACACAUUCUUAUAUACGCUAAUAGAAUAAUAUACGAUUAUAUCAUUAGCAGCAGUAUCUUGGAUUAAAAAAAAAAAAAGAUUGACUACUACAAACAAAACAAUACCUAUAUAUGUAUACAUUUAUUUAUUGUCCCAUAUCAUAGCAAUGCACUGCUGUCAUUAUUUUUUUCCCCUGCCAAUAAAUGUUUUACUCAGUUGUUUA